AACAAAAGAAAAAACCGUAAAAUUUUCGAGCGACGAACCUUUGACUCCGGAAGUGGGAAAAAGAGGGGAAUAAGUGAAGAAAUUUGUAAGACUCUAACCCAAAAGAGUCGCAGGUUAACCUUUGGAUCCUAACGAGGGAAAGGGUAAAGUCCGAGCAAUGCCUUCCAGAAGAAGAGCGCUUCUGAAGGUCAUAAUCCUCGGUGACAGCGGGGUUGGAAAGACCUCCUUGAUGAAUCAAUAUGUUAAUAAGAAGUUUAGCAAUCAAUACAAAGCAACAAUUGGGGCCGACUUUCUAACAAAGGAAGUGCAGUUUGAAGAUAGGCUCUUCACCUUACAGAUAUGGGAUACUGCUGGACAGGAAAGAUUCCAAAGCUUGGGCGUUGCUUUCUACCGUGGCGCAGACUGUUGUGUUCUUGUAUAUGAUGUUAAUGUGAUGAAGUCAUUUGAGAAUCUGAAUAAUUGGAGGGAGGAAUUUCUUAUUCAGGCAAACCCUUCAGACCCAGAAAAUUUCCCAUUUGUUGUUUUGGGAAACAAGGUUGAUGUGGAUGGUGGAAACAGCAGAGUGGUUUCAGAGAAAAAGGCUCGAGCUUGGUGUGCCUCAAAAGGGAAUAUCCCAUACUUUGAGACGUCUGCAAAAGAAGGCAUUAAUGUAGAAGAAGCUUUUCAAAUCAUAGCAAAGGAUGCUCUUAAGAACGGGGAGGAGGAAGAGAUAUACCUGCCGGACACCAUUGAUGUUGCAAGUGGGAGUCAGCAGAGGUCAACAGGAUGCGAGUGCUAGAUAUAUUGCUCUGACUAUUAGCAAAGAAAUAAACAGUUUCUUAGUGUUUGCUUGGAUUUGAUUUCUCGAUGGCUCUGUGAAUUCUUGUUUACUUUAGAAGGCACCACAUUUGGCUAUUAUUUGAGUAUUUAUUCUGUUUUUAAGAAAACGCAUAUGGAAAAACUGAAGAGACAACAUCCAUGAUUGCCUCCAAAUAUUGAUCCAACUUUAUUGAAAUGACCAGUCCAACAGAAUUUGAUACAGUGAAUGGUUUUAUUGGAUGUCUUUGCCCCGCAUUGGGGUCUACUUAUUGUUUUGUUUACUACUAGUGGUUCUAAGAUUGAUCAGAUCAGCAUAGUAGUAAAUUUGUUCUAUUGUCUUUGUGUAUUACCAAUUAUUUAAUUGAUUCUAUGUUUCUGGUUGUUGUC